CUUUUUUUACAGUAGUGUGUGUAUUUGCAUGUGACCAAUGGGGUAUGUUUAUGUAAAUGAGUUCUGAGCACUCAGCUUUGUCUUUUACUACGGAGGAGUCGGAACACCGGGUUCAGACAGAGAGGAACAUUUGAGUCCAGCGAGCAGCUCAGGCUCCUCUUCGAUCCGUGCAGGACACCAAACCGGCUGGAUGUGCAACAUGACUUUAGAAGAAACUGGCGGAGAGGACUCUACAGAAAGGAUGGAAUCGGUGGGUCAAGAUGUGGAGAACGUCCUGAGCUCCGCGUUGCCUCAGGGUUGCAUCAUUGUGGGAGUCUAUGAAGCAGCAAAGUCUCUGAACGCGGACCCAGACAACGUGGUGUUGUGUCUGCUGGCCACAGACGAUGAUGAAGAGGAUGUGGCGCUGCAGAUCCACUUCACCUUGAUCCAGGCGUUCUGCUGCGAGAACGACAUCAACAUCUUGCGGGUGAGCAACAUGAGGCGCCUGGCAGAGAUCCUGGGCGGAGGGAAGCCUGGAGGAGAGCCUGUAGACCUGCACUGUGUUCUAGUUACAAACCCUCAGUCAGCCCUGUGCAAGGACCCUGCACUCAGCAAAGUGAACAGAUUCUGCAGAGACAGCCGCUGUUUGGAUCAGUGGGUACCGGUCAUCAACCUUCCCGAUCGAUGAAACUGGAAUAUUUUUUUGCUUUAUGCAUUCAGGAGGAAAGCAACUGCACCAGGCCCGUGUGAAUGUCUGUGUUGGACUUAUUUGGAACGGCCUCCCUCCCUCCCAGAGAGUAACGGUAAAAGUCAAGGAGGGGGCAAAAAAAAAAGAGAGAGAGAGCAGGAACAGAACCAUUCCAAUGAAUUUACAAGAAAGAGGACGAGCAUCAAGGAAGAGUGAGUCAGCAGUCGGCGUUCCUGGAUUUCCGAGGCAUGGCUGUGUGUCUCUGCCAAAAAAAGAAUUCUUUCUGAGGACACGGAGCCACGUGGGAUGAACAAGCAAAUGCGUGAUCACAUGCACGCGAGUCUGGGGGAAAGCAGGCGACCACUCCGAGAGCCGGACCACGCUGAGCUGGACCAGCUGAUGUAGAACUUCUUCAGCAGCAGCACAUUUAUUUAAUUCUAUUUAAGACUUGAGAGGACAUUUUCUCUGCUUCUUGGUGCCUCAUUAUUUUUAUUUUAUUUUCUCUAUGGGCGUUGCAAUGUCUAGACAUGCCCACGAACUGAUGUUUUUAUGUGUCAUUAACUUAAUAAAUUAAAUUUCCUGA